AUGUUUGUUUGUUGUGGUAAGAAGAAGAAGGAUCGUAAGCAUUUAUCAUUAGGAAAUUUGCAUUAGUUAAAUUUAAUAUGUUAAGAUGGUCUUUAUUUCGAUAAGAAUCUUAAAAUAAUAACUGAAUAUAAUAAGACUAAUGUAUUAAUUUCAAUUAAUAAUAUUCAGGCAAGUGAAAUAGUUAAUAGAGAAUGUAAAUAUUACUGUCCAAUCUGCUUCAAAUAUUAUGAUUGUAUGAGAUAAUAGAUUAAUUUAGGUAUGUUACAAUCAACAUGUUGUUCGAAUUAUGUUUGUCAUAUUUGUGCAGUGCAAUCCUUAACAAAUAAAAUGUAUAAUUGUCAUUACUGUCGGAAUGAGCAUUGCAAAUACAUAGAUGUAGAUCCAAAUUAAUAGUUAAAAAUAUACACAGAUUCCCAUUAUAAAUUAUGA